CAAUAAAACCUGGAUAUUAAGAGACACCUGCCUUAUUAGACAACAACGUCCCUGAGUUCUAAGGAGAGAUGGGCAACUUUCAUCCAACUAUUCGGCGCCACCACGGUUUUGAUGCUGAGCGAGAUGCCAAGAAGGUCCAUAAAGCUUGCAAAGGGAUGGGGACGGAUGAAAAAGUCAUUAUUGAGAUCUUGUCCAACCGUUCAUCAGACCAGAGACAGCAAAUGAAGCAGAAGUACCAAGCCAUAUAUGGCAAGGAUCUGGGAGAAGUGCUGAAAGGAGAGCUGAGUGGGGAUUUCGAAAAGACUGCCCUGGCCCUACUGGACCAGCCGUGUGACUACGAGGCCAGGCAGCUUCGGAAGGCAAUGAAAGGGGUGGGGACAGAUGAGUCGGUCCUGAUUGAGAUCCUGUGCACACGGGUCAACCAGCAAAUUUUAGCCAUAAAAGCUGCCUACCAAAGGAUCUUUGACAGGGAUCUGGAAUCUGACGUCAAAAGCGAUACCAGUGGGUCAGUGAGGAAGAUACUCCUCUCUGUGUUGAAGGCUAGCAGAGAUCAAGGGAUGGAGACUAACGAAAACCUGGCUCAGAAAGAUGCCAAGGAUCUCUAUGAAGCAGGAGAAGGCCGCUGGGGAACUGACGAGCUGGCUUUCAAUGAUGUCUUGGCGAAGAGAAACUACAUGCAGCUGAGGGCUACCUUUGAAGCCUACAAACAUCUGACUGGCAAAGAUAUUGAAGAUGCCAUUAAGAGCGAAACUUCUGGAGACCUUGAGAAGGCCUAUCUAACUCUUGUAAGAUGUGCCAGGGACUGCCAAGCCUAUUUCGCCACUCGCCUGUAUGAGUCCAUGAAGGGCGCAGGAACCGACGAGGAGACCUUGAUUCGCAUCCUGGUAACGAGGGCUGAGAUUGACCUUCAGACAAUCAAGGAGAGGUUUCAGCAGAUGUACAGCAGGUCUCUAGCUGAAGCCAUCCGAUCCGAGACUUCAGGAGAUUUCAGAAAACUGCUCCUCUCCCUACUGCACUGAGACCUUGUUGAAAAGAGGGGUGCCGAAAUGAAUGGCGCAUAUAUAGAUAUAGAUUUAAUUGAAGAAGGAG